CCGGAAUUCGCCCACCCCUGGGCUGUCCUCGCCAAACAUGCAGAAAUGGUGAUUGCCUCGCCGGCCGGGGGCGCUGCUCCCCUGGACGCCUCCUCCGUCGAGGCGUUUGCCAACGACGCCGUUUCCGCCUCGUUCCUCAAGGAGCAGGAAUCCCUGUGGAAGCAGACCGUCAAGCUGUCCGCCGUGGACGAGAAAGACUUUGAUGCCAUUUUCUACGUGGGGGGGCAUGGCCCAAUGUUCGAUCUGUAUUCCGACGAAACCUCCCUGCAGCUGAUCCGCUCGUUUGCAGAGGCCAAGAAGCCCGUGGCCGCCGUGUGUCACGGCCCUGCGGUCUUGCUAAAGGCAACCUCUACGUCGGGAACCCCCCUCAUCGAGAACGCCACGGUGACCGGCUUCUCCAACGUGGAGGAGGAGCAGGCCGGACUCACGGCGGCGAUGCCCUACCUGCUCGAGUCGGAGCUGCAGCGUGUCUCGGGCGGCGGAUACGUCAAGGCUGAUGCCCCCUGGGGGGAGAAGGUGGUUGUCUCGCGCACUUCGCUGGGGGGGGUUCUUAUCACUGGGCAGAACCCGGCCAGUGCGACGGGCGUUGGCAAGGCUAUUCUGGAGGAAAUCACCAAGUAGUAUGUAUCAUUACAACCAUCACUAUAUCAAAUAAACAUCUCAUGCCAAUUCUACUACACUCUGCGGCGGUAACUCGGCGAGAUGAGCUAUACCUGGCAGUUCUGGCAUGUGUUGCAUAACCGGCAAUUCUUGAACAUGUCCAUCUGCUUCUUUCAUAUCAACUGGCAACUCUGGCUUCUCGUACGUGUAUUCAGGCGGGGGAACGGCAGGCUUUCGCUU